AUGGAGGCUUCAGGCACUGUUUUCCGUCAGCUAACCUGCUUCUCCGGCGCUGGAAGUAACGCUAAUCGUCGUGGCGUGCUUCCACGGAGAGACGUUGGUAGAGUGAGAAUGUCGAUGGGGAUUGAUUUCCGUGACGAGAGUCACUUGCAGUAUUACCAGGAAUUGAAGAACAGAGGACCUGUUAAGAGCAACAAGAAGAAGUUGAAAUUGCUCAAACGUUUAUCUGAAAACGUUUCAUCUUUCCCUCAAUUAGGGUUUGCUUUUGAUCCAAAUCAACCUAAUCUCUUCGAUCAUCUUCAACAAAACCUCAUCACGGAUGGUGGUGAGGAAUUACUGAGAGGGCUAGAGAAAAUAAGAGCAGAGAAGAAGGAAUUGAAGAAAAAAAUGAAACAAGAAAAGAAAAAAGCUAAACUUGAAUCCUCCAAGAAGAAAACUUGUGAUAAAUCUGAAUCUUCGUCAUCUUCGUCCUCUGAGUCAAGUGAUAGCGACUGUGACAAAGUGGUUGACAUGAACACCUUCAGAGGUGUUGGCGUCGAUGUUGCUACAAAGCCUGUGGAUGGUUUGCAAUUGCAGACCAUUAUUGAUGUUGAAGCUUCCACUCCACAUCAUCAUGUCAUGGAUUUAUGCUCUACAAAUGAUGCUUCUGUUGUUGGGUUUAAAAAAAAGAGUAAUGUGAUUAUCCCUGCCGCUCAGAAGAGAAUUGAGGUUUGCAUGGGAAACAAAUGCAAGAAAUCAGGUGCUGCUGCAUUAUUGCAAGAGUUUGAGAAGGUGGUGGGUGUUGAAGGUGUUGGGUCUGUUGUUGGGUGCAAGUGUAUGGGGAAGUGUAAAAGUGGUCCUAAUGUGAGAAUUCAGAAUUCUGUGGAUCAUGGCAUGGUUCUUGGAGUUGAUGAUUCUGUUGAGGUUCCUAGUAACCCUUUAUGUAUUGGAGUUGGUUUGGAAGAUGUUGAUACUAUUGUGGCUAGAUUUUUAGGGGAGAAUCACAAUGGCAUGAGUAUGGCUGCUUAA